AUGAAGAUUACCGCAUAUACAUUCUCCAUCUUCAUCUCCAUUCCGCCUCUGUUCUGGAGGCAGCGUGGGGACGGGACAGGCCCGCAGCAGUGCAUCAUCGAGCACGACCACGUGGGCUACACCAUCUAUUCCACAUUCGGUGCUUUCUACAUCCCCAUGACUCUCAUCCUCAUCCUGUACUCCCGGAUUUACAGCGCCGCCAAGACGCUGUACCAGAAGCGCGGCUCCUCACGCCACUUCAGCAGCCGCAGCACCGACAGCACCAACUCGCUGCACCACUGCCGCGUCAAGCACGCCCUCGGACGUUCGGACGUCUCCACCUCUGACCACACCGCGGAGUUCGACCGCAACCACGCCGCCGUCCGCGCGCCGCUCGCUGGACGCGAGGACGAGAGGAACCAGAUCUGCACGUCUCGGGAGAGGAAGGCGGCUCGGAUUCUGGGGCUCAUCCUGGGAGCCUUUAUCCUGUGCUGGCUCCCGUUCUUCCUGAAAGAGCUGCUGGUGGGAUUGAAUGUGCCCAACCCCUCACCUCAGGUGUCCGAUGCGCUCACCUGGCUGGGAUACACCAACUCGCUCAUUAACCCGCUACUGUACACUAGCUUCAACGAGGACUUCAAGCAAGCUUUCAAGAGACUGUUCAGGCGGAAGGAGCACACUUAA